GUCCGAAGUAGAAAAAGAGAAGAAGUAUAUAGAGAGAGAAAGUAGAGAGAAGUUAGAGUAAGAGUAGAUAGAUUGCCAUUUAUGAGGAGAGAACUCCUAUUUAUACACAUUUGGGGGUUAGGUCGUGGUCUGGGCGCCUGCCAAGCCAUAAAUGCAGUGGUCGGGCGCCUCAGACUCUCUGACACUGUACAUUGUACUUUUGGCAGGGGGUGUCCC